AUGUCUCUAAUUUCUACUCAGACAGUCGCUGAGCACGCUACUUCCUCAAGUUGUUGGAUCAUCGUGCACGGCAAAGUGUACGAUGUUACAGAUUUUUUGCCUGAACAUCCUGGUGGCAGCAAGAUCAUCCUGAAGUAUGCCGGUGUGGAUGCAACUGAAGCAUAUGACCCUAUCCACCCUCCGGAUGCCAUUACGACCCACCUACCCAAGGAUAAGCACCUUGGCGUUGUCGACCCGAACACUGUGAUCAAAGUUGUCAAAGAAGUUACUGCGGAGGAGAAGAAUCGCCAAGAAUUGAUGAUGGCUCGGCCUUCUUUGGAUGCAAUCGUUAAUCUGCAUGAUUUUGAGGCAGUCGCAAAAGGCAUCCUCCCUCCUAAAGCGUGGGCCUACUACUCUUCAGCGUCUGAUGAUGAAAUCACCAUACGCGAGAAUCGCGCUGCAUACCAAAGAAUAUGGUUCCGUCCUCGUGUUCUUCGUGACGUCUCGGUUGUCGAUUGGUCGACAACUAUCCUCGGUCGGAGAUCCUCGCUUCCAGUGUACAUCUCUGCUACAGCACUUGGCAAGCUUGGCCAUCCAGAUGGAGAACUCAAUUUGACCAGAGCGGCCGGCAAGCAUGGCGUAAUCCAGAUGAUCCCAACGCUUGCAUCUUGCGCCUUCGAUGAGAUCAUUGAUGCUGCGGUCCCCGGUCAGGUCCAGUUCCUGCAGCUCUAUGUCAACCGUGACCGGGAGAUCACAAGGAAGUACGUCCAACAUGCUGAGAAGCGUGGUGUGAAGGGCCUCUUCAUAACUGUCGAUGCCCCUCAGCUUGGGCGCCGUGAGAAGGAUAUGCGCAUGAAAUUCGUUGACGAAUCUGGGGUUGCAAAAGUUCAAGAGAAUCAGUCAGGAGUCAAGAAGGACGAGGGCGUUGCCCGCGCCAUCUCUUCCUUCAUCGAUCCUUCCUUAUCGUGGAAGGACAUCCCCUGGUUCAAGAGCAUCACGAAUAUGCCUAUUGUCCUCAAGGGUGUUGCUACACCUGAAGACGCACUCAUGGCCUAUGACUAUGGUCUUGCUGGAAUUGUCCUAUCUAAUCACGGUGGUCGUCAACUCGACACGGCUCGAUCCGGUGUCGAGAACCUGAUUGAGGUUGUUGCCGCUCUCAAGACCCGUGGCCCUUGGCCUAACCCUAAAUUCGAAGUCUUCGUCGACGGUGGCGUUCGGAGAGCUUCUGACGUUCUCAAGGCUAUCGCCCUCGGAGCAUCUGCUGUCGGUGUUGGCCGGGCAUUUAUGUAUUCCUUCUGUGCCUAUGGACAAGACGGCGUUGAGAAGGCCUUCCAAAUCUUCCGGGAUGAGCUGGAAAUGAACAUGCGCCUUCUUGGCGCCCGCACCAUAGAUGACCUGACACCUGAUAUGGUCGAUGCAAACGCUCUCCACUCGCACGUUGGUCUCACUCCAGUAGAUAACCUGUAUAAUACUACAUGUGAGUUCUUGCCAUUCGAUCCCGUGAUGUUCCUUCUGAUCCCGUGUUUCGAAGAUCAACCCCUGGCGCUUGCCCAGUUCAAGAACAAGCUGUGA